AUGGUGUGUCUACAGCUCCAUCAAUGGUGUGUGUACAGCUCCAUCAAUGGUGUGUCUACAGCUCCAUCAAUGGUGUGUCUACAUCUCCAUCAAUGGUGUGUCUACAACUCAAUCAAUGAUGUGUGUACAGCUACAUCACUUGUGUGUGUACAGCUCCAUCAAUGGUGUGUCUACAGCUCCAUUAGUGGUGUGUCUACAGCUCCAUCAGUGGUGUGUGUACAGCUACAUCACUUGUGUGUGUACAGCUCCAUCAGUGGUGUGUCUACAGCUCCAUCAGUGGUGUGUGUACAGCUCCAUCAAUGGUGUGUCUACAGCUCCAUUAGUGAUGUGUCUACAGCUCCAUCAAUGGUGUGUGUACAGCUCUAUCACUGGUGUGUGUACAGCUCUAUCACUGGUGUGUCUACAACACCAUCUGUAGUGUGUCUACAACACCAUCAAUGGUGUGUCUACAGCUCCAUCAAUGGUGUGUCUACAUCUCCAUCAAUGGUGUGUCUACAACUCAAUCAAUGA